UCUCUGGGAAGGAGAAAAUGACACUGGAGAAGCAGAGGAGUGACCAUAGAGGCAGAGGGGUAGGCAGGCUGGCCCAUGGCUGAGGCCUUGCUCCCAGAGCUGGAGGGAGACGCCGAAGCCACGCCUUGCCCUAGCGUCCUAGAGCUAGAGGAGCUCCUGAGGGCAGGGAAGGCCUCUUGCAGCCGUGUGGAUGAAGUUUGGCCCAAUCUUUUCAUAGGAGAUGCGGCCACGGCAAAUAACCGCUUUGAGCUGUGGAAGUUGGGCAUCACCCACGUGCUGAACGCCGCCCAUGGGGGCCUCUACUGUCAGGGCAGCCCUGAUUUCUACGGCAGCAGUGUGAGCUACCUGGGGGUACCAGCCCACGACCUCCCUGAUUUUGACAUCAGCACCUACUUCUCCUCUGCAGCUGACUUCAUCCACCGUGCCCUCAGCACACCUGGGGCCAAAGUCCUCGUGCACUGUGUGGUGGGUGUCAGCCGCUCUGCCACACUGGUCCUGGCCUACCUCAUGCUGCACCAGCAGCUGUCCCUGCGUCAGGCAGUGAUCACUGUGAGGGAACACCGGUGGAUCUUCCCCAACCGUGGCUUCCUCCAUCAGCUCUGCCAGCUGGACAAGAAACUGCGGGGUACAAGCCGGAGCUAAGAAGCCAGAGCCUGUCCUUACUGCCUGCCACAGGGCUCUGCCACUUUGCGGCUCUGGCACUGACCCUGCUGGUGCUUUUGGAGGCUGUGGCCCAUGUGGAUGCCAAGAAGAUGCUA